GCCGCCCGGCACUACCUGCUGCCGCGCUUCUCAUCCUCGGCGGCCGCGGUCGGAGAACGGGCGGCGGAGUUCCCGCAGCGCCGGAAAGUUCUGUUCUGUAGGGUAAAAAUGAAUGUCGGAGUUGCCCACAGCGAGGUGAAUCCAAACACGCGGGUGAUGAGCAGCCGUGGGAUGUGGCUGACGUACACGCUUGGAAUCGGCCUGCUUCACAUCGUCCUGCUCAGCAUUCCUUUCUUUAGUGUCCCUGUCGCAUGGACUUUAACAAAUGUGAUUCACAACCUGGGAACGUAUGUCUUCUUGCAUGCAGUAAAGGGGACUCCUUUUGAAACACCUGAUCAGGGGAAAGCGAGGCUCCUGACACACUGGGAACAACUGGAUUAUGGAGUACAAUUUACAUCUUCAAGAAAAUUCUUCACAAUCUCUCCUAUAAUUCUGUACUUCCUGGCGAGUUUCUACACGAAGUAUGAUCCGACACACUUUAUCUUCAACACCACCUCUCUUCUGACAGUGCUUAUCCCCAAGCUGCCACAAUUGCACGGUGUUCGAAUCUUUGGCAUCAAUAAAUACUAGACAGAAGGUGUGAUGCUGACUGAUCCUGA